CAGACUCAGGUCUCAGCAUAGUAGCUCUAGUCUCUUCCUUUGGGAACCCAACCCCUAAAAGAAAUAUCUGAUUUCUUUUCCUGUAAUCCUCCCCUCCUAAAAUCUGGGGUUCUCACUUGCUUUGCCUUCAGAUUCGAGUUCAAGCCACUAAUUCUUGUUCGUUAAAAUAUUCAUUUACUUUAUCUCUGUUUCACACCGAGAAUCAUACCUCUUUUGGAAUCUCUUUUGCAACCUUUCUGUUCUAGUUUUUCAGGUCCCUCUGCUUUUAUCAUUAGUUUCACUUUCUUUUUGCCUUCUUUUUUAUUGUGUUCUACGAGGAAAAGGGACAGUUUUAAGCGCCCUGCUUCCUUCUCAAUUUUUACCCCAGCACUCUGUUUUCCUCUGUUUUUGUUAGAACUCAAGGAAUCAAGGGAAAAAAAAAUGCAAGACAACAAUCUUCCUUUUGGAUUCAACAAUGGUGCCGACAUCGGGUCUUCGCUUUCACAGAUCAUAUUAUCAGGAGGCUCAAAUGCCUUAGAUUCAAUCUUCUCCCAUUGCUCACAAUCAACAACAACAUCAACAGCCAUGACCACCAACUCUGUUUAUAAGCCGUUAGGCUCUUCAGUCUAUCUCCGCCAGAGAGAUCUCCUUUCAAAAUUCUGCCAAGAAAGCAAAGGAAAAGCACCGAUUCCGCGCAAUUCGCUGACGAAUCAGCUUCAAAGCUACCAAAACCCUGCAUCAUCAAGCAACUACACUAGUCUUCAGAAGAAGAAGCUAUACAGGGGCGUGAGGCAGAGACACUGGGGCAAAUGGGUAGCCGAAAUCAGACUUCCACAAAACAGAACGCGAGUCUGGUUAGGCACUUACGAAACAGCUGAAGCUGCAGCCUAUGCCUAUGAUCGCGCCGCGUAUAAGCUUAGAGGGGAAUACGCAAGGUUGAAUUUCCCCAAUCUGAAGGACCCAAGUAAGUUGGGUUUCAGAGAUUCUGCUAGAUUGAAUGCUCUGAAGAAUACGGUGGAUGCUAAGAUUCAAGCCAUUUGUCAAAAGGUGAAAAGAGAGAGAGCCAACGCUAAAAAGAAGAGCAACUCAGAUCGUCCUGCAGCUGCUUCCAAAGCUGAAAAAGAAGUGAAGGUAACAGAAUCAUGUUCAUCGUCUUCAUCGUUAUCCCGUGCGGUUUUCAGUGACAAUUUAAGCAACGAGUUACUGUCACCAACUGUGUCCGAAGAUGGAUUUUGGAGAUGUGAGAAUUCACCAUCCUCUGUUUCGAACGAUUACCCAAUGAUGAUGGCAGAGGAACCAGGAUUUGAGGACUGUUCGCUUGCAAGAAUGCCAUCUUUUGAUGCUGAAUUGAUAUGGGAGAUUCUUGCUAAUUAGGAUAACGUUCUCACCCAUUUUUCUCCAAAAUGAAAAUUCUCAGAAGGGAGAUUUCUCCUAUCUUUAGCUGUAAAUGGUAGUUUUAUUGGGGGCUUGGUUCUUAGCAAUGAGUUCCGGUUGUUUAAUGUUGUCUGGUUCAGGUUUUUAUUGUUUUUCUUCAUAGCUCUUAUCAGUUUGGCCUUCUUUUUGUAUCAAAGGCGUUAGGAGUUAACAAUGUUCCCUUUUCCUUUAUGGUAGUUGGAACACUACUGCAGUUGACAAAGGUGUUAUUAAGUAUGUGGGACCUUGACGUGGU